ACGAUUAGCUAUCCUACUUCCUACUGUAUCAGCCAUACUGCAUUGAAUUGUAGUGAAAUCUACUAGCACUAGAAUUGUUCAUAAUGUUUAGGUUACCAGAGCUGACGGCGGUCUGCAGUCGCGGAUCUGGAGACUGAGGCACCGCUUGACCUCUCCUCCACGGUCAUGAUCCCGCGAUCCUAAUCCUUGUCCCAGCUCAACAGAUGUUCACCUCGCUCGUAUCUGACUAUGCAGGGAAUUUGACCUGCUCUCCGCUGCUAGUGAAAGGCCACGUGGGUGCCGAACAUAAUUAUCAGCAAGGGCCGAGGAACAAGGACGGAACAAGGCACAACGAGCAAACAAGGCACAACGAGCAACAAGCACAACGAGCAACAACACAACGAGCCACAAGCACAAGGAGCAAGAGGAACAACGAGCGAGAUGAAUAUAUAAGGCCGGCUCUCCCCCCAAUCCCCCUCUUUUUUUUUUCUUCCUCCAACAUUACAUUCCCACCCGUGAUACUAUCUUUCAACAUGACAGCUUUUAUCACUCACCGAGCCACCCGUAUCCGCGAAGCGAUCAUGGCCAGAGCAUUUCGACACAAGAAGGUCGAGGACGAAGACGACACCCCCAAGGGUUACUUCGCCCCCUUCUUCAGCUCUAGCUUCUGCGAGGACCGCGUCUACUUCGAUUCCUGGAAGAUGGUCCUCCUUCGCACGACCGCCUACCCGCACACGCUGGAGAAAGGCACCGAAUAUGCCACCGUGCGCGCGCUAGUUCGGUCGUCGUUCAUCCCGACGCCGAUUCCGCUCCGCAACGGACACUUCUCCGGCGUCGAAACCGGAACGCACUGGCUCUACACUGAUCGACUGGCCCACGUUGGAGCGGCCCCUUUGCAGUACGAUCAGCUCACUGAGAUCUCGAAUCUCUCGCACGUCCACCGGAUUAACCUCAAAGGACUCGACUGGAACAUCAAGAUCCCUCGAAUGCGCAAGGCGCAGCGGAAAGCCUGCCAGACCGUCAUGCUUGCCCUGCUUGGCGAGGGAGAAAACCCGUUCACCAACGGCGACUUUGGCAAGGAGAAUUUUCAAAUGUUCAUCGACGUCCUCGUCUCGCCCCUGUAUUUCUACUGCCCGCUAUACUCCAAGCGCCUAGGCCUGACCGAGCAGGACAUCACCGCCUACGUCAUCUUCCUCAACACGCUCAAGGACUACUUUUCGCACUACACGACGCUCGACUGCGCUCGUGAGUUUAGCGCGAUCGAGAAAUUGGCGGAAGUUAUCUGGCUUGAAAUGUUCGACGACCCGGUCCGGAGGGUUUUCGAAGCGCUCGCAAAGGACGCGCAGAUGGUUUUUAAGUUGCUGAUGAUUGAGGAUUGAGGAUGAAUCACCAGUCGAGGCAGCACACCCAGAGCAACAUCACAGAACGGACACCACAGACAGAAUAUAACAGACAGAAUCCCACAGAAUAUCACAGAAAGAACAGACAGUCCCACUCAACAAAAAUUACAAAAAAACUUGAAAAUCACAAAAAAUCAAAAAAGAAGGCGCUUGGGAGUUGAUUUUAUUCUUCAUUUUCUUUUACUAUCCCGAUACUUUUGAGAACCCACAAAAUCAUCUUUUUUAUAUUUUAUAUUA